AUGCCUUCAGAUCUUGGUCGCGCAGCCUCACAGUCUUCCAGUGCGGCUUCUCAAACAACACAGAUUGCCGCUUCUCAUAGUCGCCCUGGAACAGCAGAUCUAAUGAGAUCGCGCUCCGAGACGGUAGUGUCGAGAAACAGCCGUCGCCCAAGGUCGAGAGGCUCGACCGCUAGUAUUCAUUCGACCACUACCCAACAGACCCAGGACCAACAACUUACCGAUGGCUUCUCCCAGUUCCUACCGGCCCAGGCGUCUGCUGGGCCCAAUAUCUUCAGCACUAACCCGGAGGAAAUCAUUAUGCGAUUUGGUCAGCAAUUAUCACAUACAGUCAAUGGAACCUCUUUAGAUCCAACAAUCCCAGAUGCACACCACCAUGUCAUGGGCAGGGCCGAUGAUUUUUCUGACCACGCCAUGCACGGUCAUCACUUAUCGCAGCAUUCUAUCCCUUCUGCAAUCCACGCACACGGAUUACCAGGCGUCGCAAUACCCCAGUACCAGACCAUGUAUGACAGUGGAAUUGAGAACCAUGUACCAGACCACCUACUCGAUGACCAUGAGGCUUCAGAAACGGGCGCCAAGAAGAAGAAAGGCUCUAGCUCAUCUCUUGCCAAUGAUAAUGAGCUACGGAAACUUCUGCGACAAUACGAAGGCUACACUCUCAAGCAAAUGGCCGCGGAAGUCCUCAAACACGAGGGGGCAGGUGGCAAGGCGGAGAAGGUCAAACAAGUCUUUGCGAUGAUCUGGUUGAAAGAGAACUGCAGGAAAAGCAGUGGUUCCGUCCGACGAGAUCGAGUCUACUGCUGCUACGCAGAGAAGUGUGGUACUGAACGGGUUUCAGUGUUGAAUCCUGCCUCAUUCGGAAAGCUCGUGCGGAUCAUAUUUCCAAAUGUACAAACGCGUCGCCUAGGCGUCCGCGGAGAGUCGAAGUAUCAUUAUGUUGACUUGACGGUCAUCGAGGAGAAGCAGCAAAAGUCAACACCACAACAGGCUCAGUUCCAAUCCCUCGAUGCAACAACGUCUGGCGCCACAGAAGCUACCAAUGGAGAAGUGACGCAAAAGAGUGCGAGCGUGGUAUCGCAACCCACUGCCGACACGGCACUAUUUCCUUCUCCCACAACAUCGUUUGCUCCGAAGGUUGUCGCGAGCAUAGCAAACUUUGGCUGCGGGUGCCAGUCACGGGCUAAUGACGACUCUGAUAUUACCCUGGAAAAUGUUGCUAGCCAUUCUGGGAAGUUAAUACACCAGAUGCUUCAACUACCAACCACGGAUGGAUCCUCGGUAGAUACCGACUCCCUGCAACUACCUGAUAUCAAGAAUUUCCUGCCCGCCAAUACAGAUUCCAGAGUAGCGGCAGCCCUUGCCGCUCUUUAUCGUUCUCACUGCAUCUCGGUCAUUGAUAGCUUCCGAUACUGCAAGGAGCGCAACCUCCUUCGUUACUUCUCUGCAUUUCAUGGGACUCUGACCGUUCCGGUACAGAAAUUAUUGACGCACCCCAAUCUUGCCCCGUGGAUCAAGGAAUGCGACUGGUUAAUGUACCAGAAGAUGAUUGCUUUUGUGGCACCACUGACGACACAAGUUGUUCCCAAACUUGUUCUGGACGCGUUCAGCUCGAUAUCACAGCGACUCACAGCCCAUAUUGCCGACACUUUUAAGACUCAGCCUGUACAUGUAUCAUUGGCGCGACUGAUACCGGCCCAUAUCUUUUGCAGUCUCCUGAGACAUAUGCUCGAUGUGAACCAGUCUGCGAAUGCCGCCGCUGCAUGGCUCUGUCACCCUGACAACCGAAACCAGAUGUGGCUUGACUUUAAAACAUUGGUCGAUCCGAAGGAGAUGAUCACGAGGGCGAAUAUUCCAACUUGCGCAGAACAAGCUACGGAGCGGAUACUGACGCACGAUGUUCGUGCUCUCCUUACGCCUAUUACUGACCUGAAUCUUUCCCAGUCUGAUUCAGAGCGGAGUACUCCGGAACACAAAUUUCCUGUGGAUGAGUCUGUGGGGGAGGAAUACAACUUCCCAGACAAAUGGAUCUCUUUCAUACUCAACCUUCCCAAUAUCUUCCCCCAACACCGCACGCAGUGCAUAAUAGAGCGCGUGGACGCCUUGUGGGACUGUAUUCUUCGCCGAUUGACAUUAGGAGGGGCCCAGAGCUUUAGUGCUUGGUGGAUGACAAAAGUUUUCUUCCACGAAAUGAUGUUAUGGCAAGCAGAAAAGGGUGGUUUCAUGCAUUACACACCAAGCACUUUGCAGAAAACAGGUCUGGACUUCGACCAGUCUGGACCCGGAGGUCUUCUUCUGAAACCGUCUUCUAAUGCUGCCGAUCAGAACGGAAGAUCUACAACAUCGGAUUCACAAACUGGCUCAUCGAUAGACCGAUCACAGAUGGAGGUUGAAACAAACCUUAGCCACGUCGAGAACGAGAAGCCCAAUGAUAUGACCGAGAGUCUAACGAGUUUUCAUGCCCCAAAUCACGACGACAGCGCUAUUGACCUUGACGAUGACUCGAUGUUGAUGACUGUGGGUAAAUACGGCGAUAUGAUGGUCUCCGACCCAGCAGAUGCUGAAGGAGAUGUUGUGGUCAUAUAG